AAGAAAGGCAAAGAGGAGAGGGAGAGAGGCAGAGGGAGGUGGAGGAGAGAGAGAGGAGAUGAAGAGAGCCGUAUUUGGAAAGUCAGAGAACAGCUGAGAGUGGCAGAAGAAAGUUGACACGGCGUGAGGUGCACUGCGGCCGCAACAAGGAUUAACUGAAAGACCUCCGUUCUGUUAGGAGGAGAGAGCGAGCCGGGCAGGAUGCGAGAGAAGAUGCUGUGCAGGGGGAAGGGGCAUCCUUGACAAAGCAAGUGCAUUAUCGCCGCCAGACUGCACAGGUGUAACAGGGACAUCUUCGUGCCUUCACAGUCGCAUAAGCACAGCUCGACGGAGGGAUGCCGACAAGUUUGGCUCCUGCUCCGUAACUCAACGCUCGCAUCCUCUCUCUCUCUCUCUUACACACACACACACACACACACACGCACAAACACGUGUAGGAUACAUGCAAUCUAUACGCAAUCUCAGUGCACCUAGACUUACACAGAUAUACAUGCACACUUUCUGCACAUGCCCACGCGAGAAGCAAGCAAAACAACGCGCUACCAGUGCGUAGAAGCGUUCAGUCCUGUGGAUGGUUCAAACCGGGAUUCUGGAUUUCCCCCCGUUUCUUCUCGGAGGACUCAUCCUGAGGACAGGACAGCAGGACUGGACAGAGAAAAACGGAUCUGAGUUUCUUCCUAAAGACCUCAUCGUCCACCCAACUCCUCGCCUGUCCUGAAUGAAACCCUCUUAAGGUGGACUGGAUGCAUUAAAAUUGCAUGUCCCAGAGGAGCGCUGCUGUAGCAGGCAGCAAACCCACGGCCAUAAAUCAAAACCAGAGGACUUUGAUUUCUUCAUUAUCGCUUCUUGCAGCAACAACAGAGGAACAGGCAUGCUGGCAGGCCUGCUGACCUGCGGAUGUGCACCAUAGGAUUCUAUUUCUGGAGUCUCAUUGCUUUUACAGAUUAACUGCCCUCAAAUAUGGCCCCAAUCCGUUCAUUGCGCCACUAGUUUGACUGCUGCUGGAGGUUGUGCAUAUUCAAGCUUCAAAACACCCCACUGUGCAUCAGACCAGUCAUCUGAAGGGCCCCUGCCUUUGGCCUGUUUUUGAAAGCAGUGUCAGUGCACUUUUUUCAGACUCUUGCAGAGGGACAAACAAAAAGAUUUUUUUUUUUUUUUUUUUGCCAUGACAGCUUGAAAGUCUUUUUUGUUGCUCUCCAUGCACCCAUUUCUCAACUCACAUGUCAUUGCUCAUUUCCAUCCAAAACCAUUGAAGGGAAAGAUUGACAUCCAGAGUUUUCAUUCUGCGACACUGUGCUUAGAUUAAGACUUAAUAUUUUAUUGCAAGAGACAUUUUUGAUGAGUUCCUGAGGGCAGUCACACUAAAAUCCCAUUGCCCAGUGUUUUCAUUAGCCCGUCUGGGGCCAAUCAAGGUCCUCCAUCAUCAGAAUUGACAUUUCCAUAUUGUAUGAGAGAGAAAGUAGCCAACAUUAGCAUAUUCAUGAACACUGACACACUCAAUCAUGUGAAAUGGAAGACAUGGGGCAAACCCUGAGCCAUCAAGCCCUGAAACAAAUAGCUUAUGACAUGUGAGGAAAAGAGAAUUUUGAAUCCACUAACACAACCUCAGCACCACAUCUCAUAGCACACAGCAGCGGGCCACCUUUGGCACAUUAAGGAUAUUUCACUCUAUCAUAAAUCUGGCAUGUAUUGUUGGUCUCUGGACCAAGGCCUAUAAUAAGACAAAAAUUACAGAAUAGGAUUAAAGAUGGAUUAUCAGUGAAACACUAAAACCAGCAAAGCAGCUGCCUUUGCAUAAGCCCAUCGGACGCUUUUCAGGGAGACGCGCUGCAGACCGAUUUGUAGAUUACAUUUGGUUGUUGAUGUGGUGGCCUCGUGUGGUUGGUAUUAAAAGAGAGGGAUGGAGAAUCUAGAUGAGCUAGAGCACCCUCUUCUGGGAGAAAACCCCAAUAACAGCAGGGCAUUGGGGCCCGGGACUGGACAAGCCCCAGGCGGGCUGUUCAAAGGCAUCCUGGUGAAGUGUGAGGAGGACAGGGCGUACCCUCCCUUAGCAUGGAGGGGCUAUUGUGGGCAUCCUCCUGAGCUUCAGCAGCAGCAGUUACUGGACCCUUGCUCCCUACCUCGCACACUGGAGUCCUUUUACCCACCGGCGCCCAUCUGGGGUCACACAGACUCCCUUCUCAGCAAAGACUACCUGGAGACCACUUUUGUGGACAUUCGGCCCGGCUCCACCCUGGAGAGGAAGCUGCUGGCCGAGACGCAGGACUUCCACAGUGUCUCCUACAGCAUGGAUGAUGAGGAUGACCUGCUUCCUGACUCUGAUGACUCAUCUAUUGAUGACUUCAGUGAUACAGACAGCGAGAGCAACUUCCCUCUGAUGAUCCCUCAGGACUACCUGGGUCUGGCCUUUUUCUCCAUGCUCUGCUGCUUCUGGCCCCUGGGCAUCGCUGCCUUCUACCUUUCACAGAAGACCAACAAGGCAUCAGCUCAGGGGGAUUUUCAGGGGGCCAACGCAGCGUCCCGCCAGGCUCUGUGGCUCUCAGUGCUCUCCAUUGUGUUUGGAAUCAUAACGUACAUCUGUGCCAUCGCCGCGUUGAUUUCCUACCUGUCUGGAAAACCUCCGUAAAAGCAACUCUCUCACAGGGAUACAAAAAAAAAAAAAAAAAAAAAACCAGACCUCUCACACAUUUCAUGAAUCUCAACACAAGCCAUCACAUCACCUGCAAAUGUAAAAUAAUCAAUCUGUCAACCCUGUCUGUAAGUCAUGUUUUAUCUACACUAAGCUGGAAAAGCUGAGAGCAGACGGUAAAAAUACAACAGGAGAGCUGGUGUACAGAUCAUAAUCACUUCUAAUUGGAUUAGGACAUAACUCAGCUCAGAGGACGUUUGUCGCACGUGAAGAAAAAAAUCACUGGAAGUUAUUCAGCAUCACCCCAUGUAGAAGACUCGCUCUGUUAAGUGUUAUUUAUUUUGUCACCUGAGGUCUUAAGUUACCUGCUAUCCUUUAAAUCUGUGCUGUAGUCAUCAUCACAUGUUAAGCAUUGCUGAAGUUUUAAAAAAGGAAGGAAAAAAAAAACGUGACAACAAAUGCAGAUGUUAUCACAACACUGUAGAUAUCACUGUCACAAAACGCUGGAUGAAUAAUGAGAAGCGGGGGGGGGGGGGGGGAGAAGGAGGGAUAUGUGGCCUCAACUGCCUGGGAAGCGGAGGGAAGCAGCGUGCGGCGUCGGAGUCUGCAGAUUUCUGAGAAGGUCACAGCAAGGACGUGGCAGCGGCUAAAUCCUGAUGGACCUCGCUUGUUGGAGGGCCUGAGCCAACCAGUGCUGUCGCUUGUGAGGUGAAAGCUGGGUGGUGGUAGGGCCCCAGAGCUUUUAGAGCUUUUUUUUUUUUUUUUUUUUUUUCAAACACAUGACGGGACAGAAGCGAUAUCCUUUGAGAGAACCCAGAAUUUCUUUCUACGUCUCUGGCUGGAGGCGUGGGAGAGAGGGACCCGCACAUGUACGUCAGUCCCGUCCUCAUUUCACAUUUAGCAUCAUUCACUGUGUACCUGCAGAAAGGACUGAUUUCUGCUUUGUUUAUGCCAAGUUGAAUAAGUAUCUUUAUGUUGAAAUACACAAAAAGCUAAAUGAAAAAUGCAUAUAGUGCCAUUAUAUAAGAGUAAAUAUUAAGAGGGAGUCUAAGAGUUUAAAAAUGAAAUGCAAGGUCGUGAUGUGAACACUGGCUGGAGAUAUAGAAAUAAGCAAACUGCGUCAUACAGUGCACCUCAUAUACAUUGCUAGGAAAUGAUUAAAUAGGCAGAGGAGUACAGCCCUGUGAGGAAAAGUGCCAAAAAUAUGGAAGAAACUCUGAGGAUCAUCCUUUUAUGAGCUGUUCCAUUAAUAGAAGCAACCAGGCUGCUACUCCAUGCUCCCCAAAUAUAGAUUCAGCUAUUUUCUCCCCCAAAUCCUUCAGGAACUUGCUUCUUGAAAUAUGACAAACUUUAAAAAAAAAAAAAAAAUGAAGUUCUCUGCUUAAACUUAGGCAAACAAACUGACUAACACUUUGUUCAGAUGAGCAAAGGGGCAAAAAAAUGUUGCAAAAAGUAAGUCUGACAAGACCUGUAGAGCUCAGCCAUGAGAUGCAUGAGUCAAGUAAAAUCUCCAUUUCGGUCACAACAGAUACCUGCAUGGCGGGUUUGUAGUUUGCUGUGUACAAACCUACUCCCAGCUUCGAUCAUUUCCUUCAUUUGGUCCUGAAUCACUGCAAGAACAGCUUUGAUUAAAGAAAGAACAACUCUGGCCAUAUUGGUUUGAGCUUAACUGUGCCAUUAACAAGAAAAGGGAACAAGGGAACUCUAAAUAAAUAUUUUAAAAAUAAAAGCUGUGUGGUAAAAGUUGAUGUUUUCUAUGUAGAUGUAUAGUUUUUAUAGAAUCCGCAGGUGAACCACAAACAACUUAAAUCAUUAGUUUCCUGCAAACCCAGUGUUGUAUCGCAGUAGAUUCCGAUCACUGUAAGUGACAUGUGUAGACACGUCAGUGAUAUCUCGGUGUCUAAUCCCUGUCUGCUUUCACCGUUGGUGUGCUGUGAUACGGGGCCCACACACAGCGUCGUACAUUUCUGACAAUCCUGAACCAUCCUCCGUUCCCAUUGGACAUUUACGUCAAGAAAGACAUUUACAGCUGAGUUACCACAAUUAGUGAUUUAUAUGGGAGCGUUUAAUGUGGAUUGCCUUGACUGAUCACGCUGGUAUGAAACAGGGUCUGCACAGAUUUGUGUCACUUUGUGUCACUUGUACAGAUAACGACUGGACGCAGCCAAUUGGACGACGCGAGUCGAUAAAGGUCAAAGUUUGUGGCAAAUGAGAUUUAUUAGUACAAGAGAUAUUCAGUUCUUUCCCAGUUCACAUCCUUGUAUUACAUGUAAAUAUUAAGCUGAAGGAAAAUCAAUGAAUCCCAAUAAAUUCACUUGUUUGACAUUCA